AUGUUUAACGGUAUGAUGGAUCCGGAAUUGAUGCGACUCGCUCAGGAGCAGAUGAGUCGCAUGUCACCCGCUGAGUUCGCCAGGAUCCAACAACAGAUGAUGGCUAAUCCUGAUUUAAUGAAAAUAGCUACUGAAAGUGUGAAGAACAUUAGGCCUGAAGACUUAAAGCGUGCUGCUCAACAGUUAAAUCAUACCCGUCCAGAGGAGAUGGCUGAGAUUGGUGAAAAAUUGGCUAAUGCCACUCCUGAAGAGAUUGCCUCUAUGCGUACUCAUGUUGAUGCUCAAUUGACUUAUGAAUUAAAUGCUGCACAGAUGUUGAAGACACAGGGGAAUGAGCUUCACAGCCAAGGACAGUUCAAAGCUGCAUCAGAGAAAUAUUUGCUUGCGAAGAAAAAUUUGGAAGGAAUUCCUACUUCCAAAGGAAGAACACUUUUAUUGGCGUGCUCACUUAACUUGAUGUCUUGUUACCUGAAAACAAGGCAGUAUGAUGAGUGUAUAAAAGAAGGCUCUGAGGUGUUGGCAUAUGAUCCAAAGAAUGUCAAAGCUCUUUAUCGAAGGGGUCAAGCAUAUAAAGAACUUGGGCGAUUGGGAGAUGCUGUCUCUGAUUUGAGCAAUGCACAUGAAAUUUCCCCCAAUGAUGAAAUUAUUACAGAUGUCUUGAGAGAUGCUAAGGAAAGACUGGCUAAAGAAAGGGGUUAUCAUGCACCAGGAGGGUUAGUAAUUGAAGAAAUAACUGAAGAAGUUGGGGCAGUGUCUUCCGGAAACCAUGAAAGUUUGUCUGGAGGAUAUGCAGUAAUGCAACCACAGGAAAGAACCGACUUUUCCCAGAGUAAAAGUAGGGCUAAUGGUGGGGACUUGACAACCAAUCGAGAUUCUUUUCAGGAUUUGAAGGAUGACGCAGAGGCUAUCAGAUCAUUCAAGGAUUUCAUUUCUAAUGCCAAUCCUGAAACCCUGGCUGCUGUUAGUAGUGGAAAAGCUGGAGAGAUAUCUCCCGACAUGUUUAAGGCUGCAUCAAAUAUGAUUAGCAAGAUGUCACCUGAAGAACUUCAAAAAAUGGUUCAGUUGGGGGAAGGUCCAUUUACUACUGGGAGUAAUAUGACGCCUGGGUCAAUGCCUCAAAAUAUUACACCUGAUAUGCUUAAAACUGCUUCUGAUAUGAUGGGUAGGAUACCACCGGAAGAGCUCCAGAAAAUGUUUGAAAUGGCAUCCUCUUUAAAAACUAGAGACACAGGUCCAAUGUCAGCAAAUGGAGUCAGUUUAGGUACUGGGUCAAAAUCAUCAGAAUCCGAGGAAAGUUCUGUUAUCAGUGGGAAUAAUGUUGUAGGUGACACUAGUUCUUCUCGUAGUUUCUUUCCAAAUUCAAGAAGUGGUCUUCAGUCAAACUUCCAACCCUCAAGCAGUGAUUUACAACAGAUGAAAAGCCAAAUGAAUGAUCCAGCUAUGAAGGAGAUGUUCGCAUCAAUGAUUAAGAAUAUGAGCCCAGAAAUGAUGGCAAAUAUGAGUGAACAAUUUGGAUUGAAGCUUUCUCAGGAAGAUGCGGCAAAAUUUCAACAAGCAAUGUCAUCUUUAUCACCGCAGGACUUAGACAGAAUGAUGCGGUGGGCAGAUAAAGUUCAAAGAGGAGUUGAAGGUGUUAAAAAGACAAAGAACUGGUUGCUAGGGAGACCUGGUUUGAUUCUAGCAAUAUGUAUGCUCAUCUUAGCGGUGUUGCUUCACCGGCUGGGCUUCAUCGGUAGUUAGACCUACACCCAGCUCUAUUCAUUAUAAUUGAUCCCAUUCUAGUUUAACCCAUAGAUGAGCGGCAAAUCUUUGUACCCAGCAUGUCCCUACAACCAUAUAAUCGUAGCAAGGUGAGUAAAACCAAGAGCAGUAACUGCUUAGAACGAGAUAAGAAAGGGAUGGGGUUGUGUUAAGUGGGUGAAAUGAUGCCCAUGAUUCUUUUUGUAUGCUAUUACUGGAACUUCCAGUGAAAAGAACUGGAUGUUGUUGGAUAAACUAUAUGCGUCUUUUGUAAGUUGAGUGAGGUGAUAAAAGAAUGUCAAAAUGGAUCUUCAUUGCACUAACUGUCUAAUCUUGUCUCAUUCAUUAACAAUCACCGAGUCAUUGAAAAUGUGAUUUGAAAAACAAUUGGGAGUUGUAAAUACAUGCACAAAAAAAUGACCUUUAUGGUUUUAUAUCAUAUAUUUUUUAUGUAUCAAA